AUGAGAUUUUUGUUGCUAUUAUAUUCAAGUUACUAUGAACGUCUUCGCGCCAUAUCCGGUGUUACGUUCCUUGUUCUAUUGACUUUGCAAUUUAACACCACUCUCUCCCAAAUAAUGACUAAAAACUUGGUAGAGAUUCCCAUCUCGAUACGACCUCUCAGAGACCGAACAACAAAACCGAAAGGACCCCAAUCGAACAAAUGUUUAGCACAAGCAGUUAAAGCAGCAGUCAAGCACUUCCACCUCCAAUAUGUAUGUACCCCUACAGUACUUGCAUCUGAACCAGCCACACCAAACCAGACACGAAAAACAACGGAACCAAUUCCUCCAUUCCUCCUAUCUCAGCUGUAG